CCAGGGAAAGUUACGAGGCUUGAUGAAGCCCGGAUGUCUACCUCUGUGUGGUGAUUGGUCAGAUUCUAGAAGGAGGCGGGACAGAGCUGGACGGGGCUAUUAACACAUGGGAGUCAGUGUGCAUCAGAAUGGCCACGUUUAUGGAUCUCAAUAUUAUGAACUGCACAGAUGUAAAGAAGCUGCAAAGUAUUAUUGAGAUGGCAGCACAUCUUGGCUACUCUGCUGUUGCUAUCAAUCAUGUAGCUGCAUUUGAAAAGAAGAAAGCGGAAAUUGGGAAACCCCUAUGUCCUGCAGAUUUAUUCCCAUCGCCCCCUACUGUGCAGGGUAAAUCGACACCAAUCAAAAUUUUAACUCGCCUGACCAUUAUCGCAUCUGACCCAUCACAUUACAAUUCUCUGAGGUCAACUUCAACAUUAACAAGACCUUAUGAUAUUGUGGCGGUGUAUCCCAAGACUGAGAAGUUAUUUCAUGCUGCUUGUACAAGCAUUGACGUGGAUGUCAUCUGCAUCAAUGUAACAGAAAAAUCUCCCUUCUUUUUCCGAAGACCACCUAUAAGUGCUGCAAUUGAGCGUGGCAUCUUUUUUGAACUGAUUUACACUCCAGCCAUCAAAGAUUCUACAUUAAGAAGAUAUACAAUUUCAAAUGCACUCAAUUUAAUGCAGACCUGCAAAGGAAAGAACAUUAUUAUUUCAAGUGGUGCCGAAAGGCCGCUUGAAUUGAGAGGUCCAUAUGAUGUUGCCACAUUAGGUUUACUGUUUGGAUUAUCGGAAGGAUCUGCAAAGGCUGUUCUGUCUAUCAAUUGCCGAUCUGCACUACUGCAUGGUGAUACCAGAAAGACUGCUUUUGGCAUUACAUACACAAUGAAGAAACCUCAAGUUGUAGAAGAUGAAGGAUCAGCAGAGCCAGUUUCCAAAAAAGCUAAAAAGGAAUAAAAUUUGUGUUUGUGUGUGUGUAGUUUCCACUGUGUUAAAGGCUAAGUUAACCUCAUUUAGGGUGUAACAUUCAACAUACUCCUAGUGACCCACCUUCUGCUGCCAGUGCUCCCCGCUUUGUGACUGUGGGCAGGGGGAUCCCCCAAACUCUCAAACCCACUGUUACAAUUUAAAAAUAGUGCAGCCAUGCGGGGCUCCGCCCCCCUGGCCGCUUCAUUCACAGUUUCCUGCGAAUGAGUUAGACUACAAGUACCGUCGGCCUCUGCUACCGAUUGCUUGUAUUUCUCAAUGAACUGUGAGGGCGCUGGUGAGCAUCCUCAUAGUUUUUUGAUUCUUCCUUCUAUUCAGUAACUGAUUGCCUGUAUCAGAGGUAUGGCAGACAGUUUACGGAGUGUCUGCAGGAUCCACACAUUGCACCCAUGAUCUACUGAUUGCGGUUGCAAUGCAUUAAAGGUUGCAAUUUUUAUUUUUUUACAAAGGGUGAAAUUGAACCUUUAAACUUUCAAAGUCUUCUUAUUUGAUUUUUUUUUUUUUGGAUGAUAUAUUUUCUGACAGAUACGCAGUGUAAUUUGUUUAAAGAAAGACAGCUGAGAAGUUCAGAAUAGUUUAA